UCCCCUUCAGGGUGGCUUCUCUCAGGCAUUACCUGUCGUCUUCUUCCUCCUCCUCCUUGAUCCAUUGCCUGCUUCUUCACCGGCGAGCAUGACCGCGACGCCGGCGGUGAUCGGCCUGAGUUCUUCCGCCCCUCCGCCGCCACCGCUCCAUCCACCAGCCUCGCAUCAGCAGCCGCAGCCCCAUCCGGCCGCUUCCCAAUCCCAUCAGCAACCACAACCCCAUCCAGCCGCCUCGCAUCAGAAGCCACAUCAGCCCCAUCCAGCUGCCUCGCAUCAGCAGAAACAGCAGCCCCAUCCGCCAUCCUCGCAUCAGCAACGGCCCACGAUUUGCUUCAACACGCGCUGCAAGGACCCCAAAUCGGAAGGCCCACACCACCGCGGCUGGCGCCUGCGCUCCGGCGACUUCAGCGAGCUCUGCGACCGAUGCUAGAUCUAACUCCGAUGGGGAUGCAGGAUCUAACUCCGAUGGGGCUCCGUCAGCAUGGAGCUGUGCACACACGGGCUCAAGCUUCGGCCGCCUCCACGGCUCCUCGGCCGCCGUCGGGGGCCUCUACAGGGAGAGAGGGAGGGAGGAGGCGAGGCAGGCGGCGGGCGCGGUCGGCAUGAGAAGAGCCAACAACGAUGGGAAGAGCCAGAUGCACUCGCAACCGGAGCUGGUGAAAAAGAACCUGGAGUGAGAAGAGUGAGAGAAUGGAGAGAGAGAGGGGGGGGGGAGCUGCCGGGAAUAAGCCGGCUUGAGCGGCCGGAAAUGAGCUGUGAGGCAAAGAACUGGUUUCUGUGUAUCACAUGCGGGCCAUGAAGGUUAAUUAGUCUUAACCGGUCACUUUCAGAUUUUUUGUUAUUCAUUAGUCUUCAUGUCGUGGGUAUCAGUUAAAAAAACCUGGAUUCGUGGUUUUCUGUUACAAGAGCCGCUACGUAUGUGUUUCUCUGCAAUUUACACUGUGUGUUCACAUUCAUGAAUACGGCACGAGCAAAUCUGACAUAAGCUUAGUCGCAUAUUUAGACCAACAUCGACUUAUGCUUAACGGCUACUUGUUGCACGUCGCAAAUUAAGACAAGGCACGUGGCCACUACCUAGAUUGUUUACCAAGAACUUUCGGUUUCUAGAUAGCCAAUUGAGUUCUUUUAUUAUGCCGGAUGAGAAAUAUGAAACAAGUAUGUACUGUAGCAUAUCCGGCACAAUCUUUAUUUAUGGAAGCUGCCUCUGGGAUCGGUUGAUUAAGGAUUGAAGCUUUCUUAUACUGUAAGUCAAGCAAUACAGAAAACAUAAAUAAGGAAUGCCCCAACGGGGUAAUCAUGUGGCAAAUACUCCUGUCUUUGACUUAGUGAACCCAUCGUAUUAUCGGAUUAUCAGUACACUCUAUAUAUGUAGAGCUCGAUCGAUUCAAAGCAGCAGCAGCACUGCAUCGUCGGAAGACGAAGCAAAUUAAGAUCAAUGGCUCUGUCUCGAAGCUCAAAGCUAGCACUUUCCUUCAUCUUCUUCUCAUGCUUCUCUCCCGUGAUCCCUUCCCUAGCUUCCUCCGAUGACUUCCUCCAAUGCCUCUCGGAGACCAUGCCAAACAACCUCGUCUUCACCCAGAGCUCGCCUUCCUUCACAUCCAUCCUGGUCUCCUCCAUCCGCAACCCCAAAUUCUUCACGCCGACCACGGUGAGGCCGCUCUGCAUCGUCACGCCGACGAACGCCUCCCACGUCCAGGCCGCCGUCAUCUGCGGCCGCCGGCACGGCGUGCGCCUGCGCGUGCGCAGCGGCGGGCACGACUACGAGGGCCUCUCCUACAGGUCAGAACGAGCCGAAGAGGUGUUCGCCGUGGUGGACCUCGCCAGCCUCCGCUCAGUCAGCAUCGACGCGGCCACGGACACCGCGUGGGUGGACUCCGGCGCCACGAUCGGCGAACUGUACUACGCCAUCGCCAAGGCGAGCGGCGACCGGCUGGCGUUCCCGGCGGGCCUGUGCCCGACGAUCGGCGUGGGCGGGCAUCUCAGCGGCGGCGGCAUGGGCAUGCUUCUGCGCAAGUACGGGCUCGCCAUUGACAACGUCAUCGACGCCAAAAUGGUCGACGCCGAGGGCAGGAUCCUCGACAAAUCCUCCAUGGGGAGCGACGUCUUCUGGGCGAUCCGGGGCGGCGGCGUCGGCGGGAGCUUCGGGAUCGUGCUUUCAUGGCAGGUGAAGCUCGUGCCCGUGCCGCCCACCGUGGCCACCUUCAGCGUCCGGAAAUCGGCCGCCGAGGGCGCCGCGGGGAUCCUAGCCAAAUGGCAGGAGCUUGGAGACCUCCUCCCCGAGGAGCUCUUCAUACGGGUGCUCGUCCAGAAGCAAGGGGCCAACUUCCAGUCCCUGUACCUGGGCACCUGCGCCGAGCUCCUCCCCGUGAUGCGCGCCGCGUUCCCGGAGCUGGGCGUGAACGCGACGCACUGCAAGGAGAUGACCUGGGUCCAGUCCGUGCCGUACAUCUACCUGGGCGCCACGGCCACCGCCGAGGACCUCCUCAACCGGACCACCUCCCUGGACACCUUCAGCAAGGCCACGUCCGACUACGUCCGGCAGCCCAUCCCGGAGGCCGUCUGGGCGGAGAUCUUCACGGCCUGGCUCGCGAAGCCGGAGUCCGGGCUCAUGAUCCUGGACCCCUUCGGAGGCGCGACCGGCAGGGUGCCGGAGUGCUCGACGCCGUUCCCGCACCGCGGAGGGGUUCUGUACAACAUCCAGUACAUGAAUUUCUGGGGGAAGGAUGGUGGUGGCACGGCUCAGGUGAAGUGGAUCAAGGAGUUUUACGCCUUCAUGGAGCCGUACGUGAGCAAGGACCCCAGGGAGGCGUACGUGAACUACAGGGACCUUGACCUGGGCCAGAAUGUCGUCCUCGGUGACGGCGACGACGGCGUCACGAGCUAUGAGGACGGCAAGGUUUGGGGCGAGAAGUACUACAAGGGGAAUUUCGAGAGGCUCGCCAUGGCCAAGGCUGAGAUCGAUCCUGACGACUACUUCCGGAAUGAGCAGAGCAUCCCUCCACUAAUUUGUGAGAAGAAGCAGACGUUGAGGAAGGCGGCGCACGGUCACGCUCAAACCGUGUAGUACCUGCACACAAUUCACUCCUGCUUAUUACAGCAUACUGUAUGUUAUCUUUCUUGUUUUUUCCAUCGUGUGUUUUGCGUGUCGGCGCCUUUCUUUGAAUUGUAUGCUCGAUUGCUAAUCGAAACCAGACUUUACGACUAUCAAA